AUGUGCGCGAUGUAUUUUUACGCCAGCAAGCUGACUGCGGCGGCACUGAGCGCGGGUCUGCGGGGUGGCGGCGGCGGGGGAGGGGGAGGACAUUCCACGAACACUGGCGCGGUGUGUCGUUGCCACGAGACUCCGGGUAACGAUUCCACCGGCAACAAAGGUAUCAAUGCCGCCCCCGCAGAACUUAGAUCCCCGGGCCCGUCGUUACGUCAGCUUGGCAAAUUUUCUCCGCCGCCUCUCUCGAAGUCAACGCAUCGCGCUCCGCAGCAGAACUAUGGCAUUACCAAUAGUAAUAGUAGUAACGCGAAAUCAGUUUCCGCGGGCGUGAGUAGCGCCAUCUCACAAGCGGGCUUUGGGCCCACUACCUCGGAACACGUUUUUGUUACUGCCAAUAUUGAACAUAGGAGUAAUCAUCAUCACCAGCAUCAUCGACAUCGUAGUAAACACAAGAACAAUAUGGUAGUAUAUAAAAAUAACAAAGAAAUGGUAACGAGUAAAGAACAUUGUGUACCAAGAACUCGACAUGAAGGAGGCGAUUGUAGAUCUCUCGAGAAGAGAUAUCUCGAGGCACAAUAG